AUGGACGAAUGGACGAAAGUAUCAAUUGGCCUAUACAUCCACCAAGUUACGACCUUUUUCAAGGCAAAGAACGUGGAUUACCAAGAAGACGAUGGGACUCAACAGCGAUGCAUUGUCAUGAUGGUGGCAAAUUUCCGUGGCCUUGCCGCAGCCUGGUACCAAGACCGGCUUUCGCGCGGUGCCAAGUUCCGACGAAUCUGUACGCAAGUGUGCGACAUGACCGAGCGCGACAAGUUCAACAACCGACACCAAGGAAGUCGCCCACCACAUGCGUAUCUUCAACGCCAGCGCCAAGAUGACGACAUGGAAGUAGACAACGCCCAAGUACAACACCGUGGACAACGCCAAGUAGGCCCCUUUUACAACUGCGGACGUAUGGGCCACAGAAUCAGUGACUGCCGCUCUCCACCCCGGAACAAUCAAGGAAGAAGCCAAGCUCAACCCCAGCGCAACAACAAUUCAAGACAUGCCAACCGGCCUCAGCGAGCCCAGUGUAAUAAACCAAGUCGUCAGCACAAUACCCAAGUAACCAAAGUCAACAGCGACACAGAAGGCAGCGAAGAUGACGUAGAAGAAGUGAUCCUAGGCAACAACAUGGGCCUAGCCCAGCAAGACUCCGCGGAGGAGGAGUCGCUUAACAUCAAUACCGCCCAGCAAGCAGUGCCAGCGCAAGAAAACAAGUUGAUGAUAGUUCACGGCGCACUCGACAGUACAAGCGUUCGCAUCCUGAUCGACUCUGGUGCCUCGAACUUGCUUUGCCGCCCAGGCUUGGUCAAGACAGUGAUCCGCUCCAAAGAAGUUCAAGCAGAAGGCUUCGAUGGACACUGCUCUGGCAUCAAGAAAGUGAAGGAAGUAUCUGGCACACUUUGCUUUGGUCAAUGGACGUUCCCAGAUCUUAUACUUACCGAGUGGGAUCUCGGGAAGAAGGACUUUGACGUCAUAUUGGGAAAACCAUGGUUCUUUCGUUGCAACCCUGUCAUCGACUGGCGUACCCACCAAAUCCUCAACGUCAACUCAAGUGAAGUCGAGCCUGAACGAAUCGAAGGAUGGAUGAUCAAAGUCACGACGAAAACGGAACCUCAGCAGAAGUUACACCCGCUCGUGGCCAGGGUUGUGGAAGAAUUUCGUGACGUGCCCAAAUCCACUUGCGAACGGUCGUUUGACUACUGGGUCAACCACGAUCGGUGCUCCUCGUCAAACAGGAAACGCGCGUCGGCCACCUUUGGCUUGAUAACGCCGUUUGGCCUCGGCGAGCUGAACCUGUUCUUGAACUAA